ACCCUUCGCCAGCACCAGGUCUCACAAGGGUACAUCCGGGUCCCACGUCACUGCAUGCCUGCCCCUGCCCCUAAGGCCCUUCAGUGGGGCCCUGGGGUGCUUCCUGGAAGAGAGAUACUGAUGCAGUCUGAACCGCCGAGUGGCUGCAACUUGUGGAGGGUGACUUCAGUACCCUGGCCAGGGCAGGAUCUCAAGUGCCCGGUCCUUGAGGGUCUUUAUAUCACAGAACCUACGACCAUCCAGGAACUGCUCUGUAGUCCCUCGAAGUACCGCUUGGAAAUCCUGGAGUGGAUAUGUGUUCGGGUCUGUCCCUCCUGGCAGGACAAGUUCAGCUCGCUAAAGGGGGCCCCGGUCGAGGUGAAGGUCCAAGAGAUGGUGAAACUUGGCCAUGAGCUGAUGCUGUGUGGGCUGGAUGACCAGGAGCUCGUGAAGGGUCGGGCCUGCGCCCAGAAGCAGUUGCACCUCCUGGACCAGCUGCUGGAUGCCGUCCGGAGCCUGACCGUCGGAUACUCCAGCUGCUCCAGUGUGAAGGAGCACUUAGAGGGUACCAGAGAGAAGAACGAGGCACUGCUGGGGGAGCUCUUCUCCGGCCCCCACCUGCAGACACUCUUGAGCCCAGAGUGUGACCUGUGGCCCCUGGACAUGCAGCCCCUCCUUGACCAGCAGAGCACUGACUGGCCGAGGGCCAGCCCCCCUGUGCAGCCGGAGGAGGGGAAGGUGACGGAGCUGGCUGGAAAGUUGCGGGAGAGUGCUGCCAAGCUGCAGAUGCUCAGGGCAGAGUGCUUUGCACAGCACAAGCAGGGGGCUGCUGUGAGUGCGGCUGACCCCAGCACCCUGGACCAGAAGCUGCGCCUGGUCAUCUCGGACUUCCACCAGCUCGUCGUGGCUUUUCUUCAAGUCUAUGAUGACGAGCUGGGUGAGUGCUGCCCGCGCCCGGGCCCCUACCUCCACCCGUGCGGCCCCAUCAUCCAGGCCGUGUACCAGACUCUGACGUCGUGCAGCCAACUGUUGAAAGCGGUCGUGGAGGUCACGGACACCUCCGCCAAAGCCGUGGAGAUGGCGAAGCAGCAGCAGGGCGAGCAGAUCUGUUGGGGCAGCAGCAACUCUGUCAUGAGUCUAGAGCCCCUGCUGGGAAACGCUGUGCAGGACGUGGGACGCAGGUGUCUCCACCAGAGCGAGGCGAGACCAGCACAGCAGCUUCCCAGGCCUUCUCUCCCCAGCGUGGCCCAGCACCAUGGAACAGAGAAGAAAGACCUGGAAAAGUCAUUCAGAAAUGAGAGCUUCCCAGCACACUCUAACCUAGAAAACCAUGAGAAAACAACAAAGAGGAAAACAAGCAAAGACCCUUAGAAGUUAAAAGUGGUUGCCAGAGUGCUGAAAAAAAUCAAGGGCGAGAGCUCUGUGGGGGCAGGACAGCAGGAGCAGGCAAGCAAGUGUGUAGGAAUAGAGAGAAAAUGCACAGAUCAGCAAAAUGAGGGCCAAUCCCAGUGGCUUUCGGAGCGUGAACUGCAGCCUUGGCUUCUGGCCAAGAGAGCCCAGGACGUGCGAGCUGGUGGGGCACCCAGCGUUGAGGUGGCCCCAGGAGGCACAGUGGGCAGGCCAGGGGUUGUGGCAGAGGUGGAGGACUGCGAAAGGGACCUAGGAAGACCCCACGGGAGGAGGAAGGUGAUGGGGACAGGAAGCACAGUCGAAUGUGCUCAGCGGGAGCGCUGAUGACGAGCGGAGGGUCCCAGAGGGGUGUUGGGGCCAGGCUUGUCCCGCUGAGGCACACCACAUGAUGCUUGAGCCUCAAUGUCCCCCUCUGGACAGGCGGGACCAAAUGUCGAUUAAAGACCUUGCCGUGGGGCGGGGCAGGGGCCGGGCUGGAGGCAGAGAGGUGAGGAGAGAAUGUGUAUUUAAGGGAAGGCGCCACUAACCCGGGAACUGAAGGAAAGAGCGCGGAGGCCCCAGGGUGGGAGAGGGGCGUGAGCAGAAGUCCCUGUACUUGGCACCCUGCGCUCAUUACCUGCAUCGGGACCUCAGUUGCGGCGUGCCGUGCAGCUUGGAAGAGCCCCUGGCUCCUGGGCUCUGUGGUGAGGGUUGUGGUGGGCAGGGAUGUGGCCCAGGGAGUAGAACCUGCCCUGGGGCUCAGCCUGGAGCCCCCAGGGCCUUCCAUUCUCUGCUCUCAGUCACCGACCUCCUAGCAGCUCCCAGCUCAGCAGCUUCCAGAUCUCGGUGGCAGUUGGACCGGCUGCAGGCCCCCCGAGGGUCAGGCGCAGGGAAGCCUGGGGCUGAAGAAGGGCUCGGGGUGGGGGCAGGCAGUGGCCUCUUCCAGGCUGGGAAGCACGAGGCGUCACUUUGCUGUUCGUUUUGUUUUUUUUCUCUGCAGCCACCAAAAUGGAAGAACUAA